AUGAGUCACCAGACAGACAUCUUCUCCAUGUCCUGUGGACAGAUGAGGGCCCAAGGCCUCAGAUUGCAGAGCAUCUACCCCCAGCUGUUGGAGAUGGUGCUGCGCUUACAGAAGGCCAUAGAGGAGCACUUCCUGCAGGUGAGAAGCAGGCACAAGCAGCAGGACCUGGUGCUGGAGGAGCAGAGGCUGAGACUGGAGCAGAGGCGCAGUGAGGCCAUUCAAGAGCAGGAAGCCCUGGUGGCUCGUUUAAUGAGUCAGCUGGCCAACGUCCUACAGUCUGGGUCCUGGAAUGACCCGGGACUCCAACUACUUCUACCCUCCAUGGACACUAGGGGUAAUGCUGGAAGUGGGCAGGGAGCCCAAUCAGCCAGAAAACCUGACCAGCUACUUCCCCUGCUGAGAGAGUGGCAAACUGCAUCUGUCAUCCCUGUCCUCUCCAAUCGUGGGGAAGAUAUCUCUGAUUUAUACCAUAUGAGCUUCCAAGACCAUAUUGCCAACCAAGGAGAUAAAUACCAUGAGGAUAUGAACAUCUCGGGCAUCAUUAACCUUAGUACCAGUGAGAACAAGCUCUGCACUGACCUGAUGGCUGAAAGGUUGAGUUGGAGUGACAUGAACUACAUUGAGGAUGACUUGCUACAGUACCCUGAUGGGAGAGGGCAGCCAUUCCUACGGGAAGAAGUGGCCCGGUUCCUGACCUACUACUGCAAAGCACCUGCUCCCCUUGAUCCAGAAAAUGUGGUGGUUCUAAAUGGCUGCUGUUCUGUCUUCUCUGCACUGGCCAUGGUUCUAUGUGAUGUAGGAGAGGCCUUUCUGAUUCCCACCCCCUUCUAUGGUGGUCUUGGCUUUAGUUCCCGCCUGUAUGCGAAAGUUGAGCUGGUUUUUGUCUACCUGGACGGUGAGAUCACUGGUGGGAACACACAACCUUUCCAGCUCACUGUGGACAAGCUGGAACAAGGUCUGCAUGAAGCUAGGCUUAAGAGGAAAAAUGUCAGAGGCCUCGUGCUAAUCAACCCUCAGAAUCCUCUUGGUGACAUCUAUUCCCGAGACUCAAUGAAGGAAUACUUGGAAUUUGCCAAGAGGCAUAAUCUACAUGUGAUCAUAGAUGAGAUUUACAUGCUAUCUGUGUUUGAUAAAUCCACCACAUUCCACAGUGUCCUGAGUAUGGAAAGUUUGCCUGACCCCAACAGAACCCAUGUGAUCUGGGGUACCAGCAAGGAUUUUGGCAUCUCUGGCUUCUGCUUUGGCACUCUGUACACCCAUAGCAGGGAAGUGGCCACUGCAGUGAGUGCUUUUGGCCACCUGCACAGCAUCUCUGGCAGCACCCAGUAUAAGCUAUGUCGGCUGCUCCAGGAUAGAGAUUGGAUUGACAAAGUGUAUCUGCCUACUAAUUGCUCCCGGCUCCAGGAAGCUCACAAGUAUAUCACAGACAAGUUGAAGGCCAUGGAGAUCCCCUUUCUCAAUCGUGGCUCUGGUCUCUGUGUCUGGAUCAACUUGAGGAAGUACCUGGACCCAUGCACAUUUGAGGAAGAACUAGUCCUCCAUCAGCGCUUCCUAGAUAACAAGGUGAUGUUGUCUGGUGGCAAGUCUUACAUGUGUAAGGAGCCAGGCUGGUUCUGCCUUGUCUUUGCGGAUAAGCCCCGCCGGCUGAAACUGGCCAUGCGUCGGUUCCAUGAAGCACUCCAAGAACAGAAGGAGGAGUUGAUCACGGCACUCUUAGAGGAUGCACAGAAGGAAUAG